AUGGAGGAGGAAAAGGUCAAAAAACUACCUCCUAGGGUUAUUCAGCACAUGACAGAAUUUGAUACAACCUAUCACCCCGGAAUAGACCCCAAAGAUCUUGCUCACCUCGUUCAUGACACUAUAGUUAGUGAACGCAAAGACAUCAAAUCCGCACGACGUCGGCCAUAUGAGAUAUUCUGCUACAAUUGUGGAUUGGAUGAUGAUCUCGCCCGAGAAGGAUACACUUCACGCGUAAAGAUCAAAUCUACUAGAGAAAACAAUGCCAUGUGGGAACUUGGCGGACCAGAUGGGCCAUGGAUACUGAAAGAUGAAAUGAACAUUGCCAAAGAUGGCAAGUCGGUGGACUAUACAGUACAGAAAUUUCUUCGGGAUGCGAAUGUAGGCAUACCUCUUGUGGAGAUGUACAGAUUUGGGGGCGGCGAUGAAAAGUUCAAUUUCACAAUGAUGUCUCGAGCAAAAGGAAAAUCGCUAGAGGAGUGCAUGGACGAUCUUUGCGAUGAACAGAGCCAUGAUGUUGAAAUGGAUCUCUUGAAACACAUUAAGAGCAUUCGCCAGUUUACUAGUCCUCACAUGCGGAGAGUGGAUGGCGGAGAGCUUCAUGAUAACUAUGUUGGAAAAUGCAAUGGACUUCCAUGUAUGGAGACAGGGCGAAAUGAAGAAGAAUGGCUGGAAAAUUUGACUCCUGGGAUUCGUAAAGCUCUUCUACGUAGGCUUUGGGGGCGAAAUAAAGCUGGGCUUCAGGAUCCAGCAAAACGAGACUUGUGGGUCAAACUGGCAGACGAACACAUAGUUAAGAUCAAAGCAGACUUCCCAAAGGGUGGACCAUAUGUUCUAACCCAUGGCGACUUGCAUGAUAGGAAUAUCUAUUGCUCGAAUGACAAUGCGGAUCAAAAGUGGAGAGUCACCGCAAUUAUUGAUUGGGAAACGGCUGGCUACUACCCUUGGUGGGUAGAACUUGCUCGCAACCCUCGAUUACUAUGCGGUAGCGGUACGAUAGAAGAGCGGGUUUCGGAGUUUUGCCCCCCAACAUUCAAUACGGAAAAGUGGAAGCCGACGGUAAAGGCCUUGAAUGAAAUUGCUGACCUAUGGGACAGCGGAACUUAUAUCGAUUACAGCGAACAUGAAAUGGGUCGUGCAAAUAAAUGGUAUAGCAAGGAUUUUUGUGAUUGCCAUAAAGUGAAAAGGGAAUUUCUGGAGGUGGAUAUGGGGUGGCCCCAAAAGCAUCGUGAUGUCUUUGACCCUGAGCUUUCGGAUCCAGAUGAUGAUCCAGAAGAUGAAGAUUCGAUUUACAAAUACAAUUUUGAAAAAGAUGAGAGAGAGUUUUUGCGGUGGUUCAAUACAAUUAGUACAUAG